UUUCCAUCCUCACUUCAUGUACUGCAGCUCUGAUGAAGAGGAAAUAGAGUGCGGACUGACGAAACCACGGAAAGAAAAAAGGCGGUGGUUCAACUGAACUCAAACUCUCUCAGACCAGGUGCCGGACAACAGCCAACAAUGAGGUACACGUUCAAACCGGAUGACUGCAUGGUCAUCACCAUCCCUAUCGGCAGCAUCAGGAACGCCGGAGAGGGACAGCUCAUGCCCGACAAAUUCACCUGCAGGUUCAAGGACACCUACAAAGUGUUUCAGCGGGGUCGCCCCAAAGCACUCGGGGCAGCUCAGAUCAUCGUCGCAGUUUUUAUCAUGUGUUUGGGAGGACUCUUGAUCAACUGGGAUGGCAGAGGUUACCAUUGUUUUGUUGAAGCUGGUUUUAUCUACAUUAUUCCCAGCAUCCUGUAUAUACUGUGUGGCAUUCUGACGAUCUCCGCAGGACACACUCCGUUAAUGCCCAUUAUGAAGGCAUCAUUUGUCUUCAACAUCAUUGGACUUUUCUCAGCAGUUAUCAUUACAACCACUGGUCUGAUCAGUUCUGCAAUUCCUUGGGCUUAUUUAGAGAGAAAUAAAAUGUGUGUAGGACUGAGCGUGGUGAUCUCAGUGUUGUACGCGUUUGAGUUUCUCCUCUCUGCGAUUCUGAUCUACUGGGAGAGUAAAGGCUUGUGCCGAGCUCAUUUCAACAGCCUGCCCAUGAUCACACUGAAGCAGGACACGUGAGCUGUGAUGGACUGAAACUGGACCAUGACAUCAUAAGACAACUGUUUAGUGACCUUUGACCUCAGAUAAGUUGUGUCUUUGUCGCGUCUGUUGAACAACUCCUCGUUUAAUCAUAUCCCUGUAAUUAAGUGGAACAAGGCUUUUGCGCUUACUUAUGACUUGUUUCUUUGACGAGCUGCUUGUUAAUACGCUGUUGUGAUGUGUUUGAUUUUGCAUGUUUAACAAGUACAAAUAUAA